AUGUUUGAGUUGUAUUUUUCUUGUGAAUUUUGGGAUACAAGAGGAAUAAACGUUGGGUUACUUUGGGUUUUUUCAUUAUUAAUUUCAAAUAGUGUUUUUCCAGACGGAGUAUUAGGUUUGAAACUGUGUUGCGGAUUGUUUGGUGUAUUUUGAACUAAUUGUUUAUUUUUUAAAUUUUGCAUUAGAAGAAGUUGAUGAAUUUUGUCCAAGUCUUGAAAAUCCUUUAAAUUUUUUUGUUUAAUAAUUUCUAAAUAAUUUCCCUUUUGCAAUUCAGUUGUG